UUUUAUUUUAAUCUACCUAGACAUGAAGAUCAAGAAAACCAGGAAAAAAAAGAUAAAAGAAUAAAGAAACGUAAUACUUAAUACUCUUGUUGAAAGAAAAGAAGAAACUAGUGGAUGCGAGAAGAACUUGCAAUUAGUGUUUAUUUACAUUUCAGACAUUCUUUAAUGUUUGAGGAAGAUAGUCAAUCGAGCUCUUCCAUUAAACACAGAAUUUGAAAAAAUUGGUAUAUUUUCGUCAAUAAUCAAGAAUGUUUUGAGUUCAACGAUGAAAACACACUUAGGAUUGAUUAUUCAUAACAUAUACCAUCAUUUACCAGUAAUGUUAUUAGUCGAACUACCGUAGAUAUGAAAGCAACAUUUGCUCAAUGUUCCUUAAAGGAUCCUCAACCUUCAUGAAAUCACUCUGACAGUUCAUGACAAUGAUUCUGAAGUUAUGUGAUUUGGUUGAGUCGUCUCCUUUAGAAAUGAGGAAACCUUGACAGCAUUAUAGACAUUUUAAUGAAGGAAAAUAUAAAUAACCGAAAGAGAAUGUCAGAGUCUCAUUUGUUUUAUGGCGGCAAUUGAAUUCAAAGUUAAUUUCAGAAAGAACUUUCUGAACAAUGAUUCUGAUUUAUUUUUUUUAACACCCAUCCAUUCUAGUUUAAACUAUACUCGAAAUCACUAAAACGCACAAUAGGACUAAAAACUUAGUCGGAUCAAGAGGAUGUUUAACUUUUCAAUUAAUUGUAUAAGCAAGGGUUUCGCCGUUGAUUUAAUUUAAGUAAAUAAAGUAUAUUUUUACUUCUCGAGUAAUAGCCAUGACUGUGCCAGAGGAAUUAAGAAAAAUACUUCUUCACGAGCUAUUACUUAACAUCGAAAUUAACUCGAAAGGUGAUAUAAGAUAUGCCAAUUCUGCUUUCUACAGAUUUAUAGGAAAAAAAAGUAGUGAUCCUUUGCUACAGACAUCUUGCAACUUUUAUGACUGUAUUACGGAAACGAGCAUUCCUAGAGUCCAACGAGCGAUUCAUAUGCUUUUUAAUAAAUCUUUUAAAGUCACGCAUUUCCAAACUUCGCUCUUGUGCAGCACUAACAUGGUCCCUGAUAUGUUUUUAAAUAGUAAAGAUUAUGAGACAUCACCGGACCAAGGGAAAAUCGGAAUGAAGCUUUAUUUUCGAGGAAUCUUGGUGGAUUCUUUAGAUGGUAAAGAAACUAGAAUCCUAUGGUCUGCCAAAUGUUUAUAUCCAGAACGUUACUAUAUAAGCCAGAUGGACUUUGUAUUAUUCAACACUCUGGGCAUCGGCUCUUUCGUCUUACAAAAUCAUAUAGAAAGAGCCCAUAAAGUUAAAUAUGUACACGCUCCUCCUCCUGUCCCUCGCUUGUGUUAUCUUUGCGAAAAAAAAAUCCCAGAGUGGUAUUUCGAAGUACAUACUGACUCUUGUUUAGUAUGGAGCGAACUCGUCCAAGUUAUACUUGAUAUACAGAAACAAAUUCAUAUAAAAAAAGCCGAACUGCUCAAGUUCAGUCAAUCUAUCCCUCACACUACUGUUUCAGUUUCCGACGAAACAUAUUUAACAUUGCCAAUAAUUUCAGUUCUGAAGAAUGGGUCUACUAAAUAUAGACGAUUUCGUUUAAAAUCUUGGCAUUCUUGCGUUACGUUUUUGUAUCGGCAACUGGAUGCGGCAGAGCAAACGUUUGAAGAACUGGGGAAAAGCACAUACCUGACAGUCUCUCAAGAAUUGGCUACUGAUAUGAAAUAUAACAUUUUGAAGAAAAGCAUGUUACUCUGGGAAUAUAUCUUUUUAUCUCCUUGUAAAAUCCAAAGCUUAUUUCACGAAGUGCAUUCUUUGCUUACCCUGAGCCUAAAGUAUAACAUCAAGCUUUGCAAUCAUAACUUGAUGUACGGGGUAACCUUUCAGGAGGUAAAACAUUUCUUACUGAGAUAUAUGCGGAAUUUUUUGUGUUCAAACCUGAACAGCAUUGAUUAUGAACUUUUUUCCGGACAUGCACAGCUCAUUAGCAUGAUCAGCGAUCGUACACACAGUAAAGAACUGGACUCUACUAAAGUAGAUUUGAUUUUACCAAAAAUACGGAUAGUGCCUAAUCGACUCCCUCAUUUCAAAUCGGAUAAAAGCCUUUCUAUUCCUCUCAAAUAUACCUCCAGGGAAAAUGCAGCAAGUUGCAGCUCCUUCAGCGAGGACGACAACUUGAAGGAGUAUAUGCUGAGAAAUCUUAAUAAAAAGCUAGCAAGCAAACCAAGAAAAAAUUCCUUUGACGACGAACGGGCGCACUCGCUUCGCAUUUAUCAGGAGCUCGUUGAAAAACUUUAUUCUCCUCUUAUAGAUAACACUACAGCGGCUUUACACCUUCCUAAAUACAAGGAACGAAAAUUUGGAGACAAGACGCCGAGAUCACUAAAAGAAUUCACUUUUGUCAAAGAAAUAAACAGAGGUGCUUCUAGUAGGGUUUAUUUGGUAAAAAAAAACUCUACCGGGAAUUACUAUGCAAUGAAAGCCAUUCCGAAAUCAGGUCUGAAUGAUCUUGAAAAGUUGAGAGGGAUUAUGUACGAAAAAGCCAACAUGGAAAUCCAAAAGUUUGGAUCAAAUAUUGUCAAGGUAUAUUAUGCGUUUGAAUCGGAAGGAUUCUUUUGUUUAGUAAUGGAUUUCUUCAACGGUGGUGAUUGCCAAACUUUGGUUGAGAAAUUUGGACCGCUGCCGGAACAAUGGAUUCAAAAAUAUAUAGCUGAAUUAUUAGAAGCGGUCGAGAUUCUUCAUAAACUCGGUAUUUUCCAUCGUGAUGUUAAACCGGCGAAUAUGCUUAUAGAUCAGAACGGGCAUAUCCGUUUAGCAGAUCUUGGAUUAAGUGAUAAUAAAGAAGGUAGCAGCGAGGGUGAAAUAUCUUACGAAGAACAGAUCAAUAAACUAAAAGAGUCAAGUCAUGAAGGUGCGAGAAAACAACUAGUUGAAGGCCUUAAGGAUCAAGCUAAAAAAGAAAUAACUUUAACAAGCAGGGAGACGAAUAAAGAAACUUUUGAUCCCUUUGAGCGGCUGAUAGAUGUUGACACAAGUAAUUUAAAUAGAGCCAUGUCAAAAGUAUUUAGAGCGCGCCUGAAAGUUAGCUUGCCAGGAAAACUGAACGAUGAAAAAAGGAUUACUGGUACUCCCAAUUAUAUGGCACCAGAGGUUCUUUCAGAAAAGGAAAAUCCAAUGAGCGAUAUAUGGGCGAUAGGGUGUGUCUUAUUUGAAAUGCUGACAGGGAUUAUUCCAUUUCAAUCAGAUACCAUCCAAGGAGUAUGGGAUCGUAUUCAACGAAAUGACAUUGGAUGGACGAACUGUAGCCAUGAGUUGCAUUCACCAGAAGCUAUAGAUCUUGUAAAUAAGCUGUCGGAGCCGAACCCAGAAAAGAGACUAGGUAAAGGAGGAUUUUUGGAAAUAAAGUGCCAUCCAUUUUUCAGAGACAUAGACUGGGAUCACUUGUAUACUCAAAAGGGACCAUUUGUUCCAAGAACAAAAAAUAUUGAAGAUCUAAUUUAUUUCGAACGAAGUAAGUCUACAUCAACGUAUAUCAAGGAUCGAAUGACUGGCAUACAUAACUCUCAAACUUCACAUAAUAUUGAUGACAUGCUCGGUAAUCAUAUUGAUCAGGACCAUUUAGUUAAUGAUACCUGUAUAGGUUUGGAAAACAGCGACCGAAAACCACAUGACGAUUUAGUUGAGUUGGCUAUUGAAUCCUUUUCAGGUAUGAAUUUAAAAGCCCUCAACUUUUCCAACAAAAAUGUGCUAUGGGAAAUCUCUGACCAGCUAGAAUUCCCGGGCGCUUCAUCCUUUUCCCAUCCCCCGAUUCCUAAAAAAGGCCAUUCUAUGCGUUAUCGGUUUUUUUGCCCAGAAAAAAAAUAAUCGCAACACGCAUGAAAGCCCCUGUAAAGGAAAUUCCUUCGUCCGUACAGUUCGACAGUAGAAAUUCUUAAUAUCAAAUGAAUGACUUUUCAAUAUCCU